AAGGCAAAGCAGCAGGGCUUACAGGUGCUCUGCAUCUCUGCGAGCAAGCACUCCUGCUGGAGCAGGACCCUUUGCACUCGCACGGACAACCUGCAUUGCCCACACAUAACCUUGCUUUUAUAGCAGAGGGUGAAUUAAUAGGACCUACAGUGGGCUUUGGUCUACACGAACACAGUAUCUAUCCCACACAGUUCUUGUCACGUGUGCUAAUGAUGACCUAAGUGUCUGCAGGAGGGUGAGCUCUGCGUCUUGACGACAAGCAGGGCUUGAUUUCAUGAGUACCUGCCCCAGAAAUGACUGCCAGCGUUUCGCCCUCCAUGUUUCCCGGUAGGCGAGGCGCUGGCAGCACAGAGCCCCUGUGACAGGACUCGGUGAUGACCCUGACAGGGUCAUCACCUGGGGGUGCGUGAGCCUGCGGGGUGCCUGAGGUCAGUGCGUUAAUCAGCGAGGCAUUUGUAAUGACAGCGCUUUCGUGCUUCGUGCUGCGUUCCUCAGCGGCUGCUAACCAGGCCUCGCAAUGCCACGGCCGUGAGCAAUGGCUGACUGAACGCCCCGCGGACCCGAGCGCAGCUGCCCCGAGACCUGAGCGGUAGACACAUCUUGAAGCGCUCUUACUAGGCGAGGGAUUUACAAGACCUUUUGGGCCAGUACACGUCUAACAACGCUAAUCACUUUUUCCCAUGGACCACAUGCAACAUUAACCUUUGGAAGGGAAGUAUUCAUCAGUGGAAUAACUCAACAAGUUCUAAAGGUCUUGUUUACUGUAUCAGCUAAAGUGAAUCACGAUGCCUCUCAGCGAUGACCAGAACAGUGAUUCAGAUUCUUCACGCCUCUCUGAAAGCACAGCUUCUUCGAGUGACUCUGAGUAUUCAAGACAGAGCUUUACCAGUGAUUCUUCAAGCAAACCCAGUUCCCCAGCUUCAAGUCCUCCCAAGAUGGUUACAUUUGAUGAACUGAUGGCAGCUGCAAGAAAUCUGACAGACUUGACAUUAGCUCAUGAAAUUGCUGUAAAUGCAAAUUUUUGCAUAAAACAUGAAGACCUUCCACAGAACAGCUUAGUAGGCACAGUGAAACGAAUUGUACAUAAGGCAUUUUGGGAUCAUUUGGAAUCGGAACUGAAUGAAGAUCCUCCGGAAUACGAACAUGCUAUCAAGCUCUUUGAGGAAAUAAAGGAGAUUCUUCUUUCCUUCCUGACUCCUGGAGCAAACAGGAUUCAAAAUCAAAUUUGUGAAGUUCUAGAUACGGAUCUUAUAAGACAGCAGGCAGAACACAAUGCUGUUGAUAUUCAUGGGCUAGCUAACUAUAUCAUCAACACUAUGGGAAAGUUAUGUGCUCCAAUAAGAGACAACGAUAUAAAACAGUUAAAAGCAACUGACAAUAUCGUAGAAUUGCUGAGACAAAUAUUCCAUGUUCUGGACCUGAUGAAAAUGGAUAUGGCUAAUUAUACAAUUCAGUGCCUUAGACCAUACCUUCAGCGUAACUUGGUGGACUAUGAAAGAACAAAAUUCCAGGAAAUUCUUGAAGAAACACCAAGUGCUCUGGAUCUCACAACAGAAUGGAUAAAGGAAUCAAUAGAAGAUGAAUUGUCAUCCGUUUCUGAUGAAUCUUCAUCAUCCUCUGGUGCUGAUCAUAGUUGUAAAUCAAAUAUUAGUCCUACACUGGUGCUAAACAAUGGCUACUUGAAACUGUUACAAUGGGAUUACCACAAAACAAUUCCAGAGACUCUAAUAACAGAUGAAGUUCGUCUUCAGGAGUUGAGAGAAAAGCUGAAUCAAUUAAAAAUAAUAGCUUGUGUUUGCCUCAUAACAAACAAUAUGGUGGGUGCAGCAAUUGUAGAUGUGCCGGAUUUUGCUGACCAACUGAAAAGGGUCUCCGUUCCUCUUCUUGAAGGCAUGAGCAAGAAAACUUUUGAUUUGAAGGAAGCUCUGAAUGCUAUUGGUGUCCAGAUUUGCAGCAAAGUGAAUGGGUCUCUCUCUGAAAGAGGUCUUCCUACUCUCAAUGCAGAAACGCAGAAUAAUUUAAUGGGUCAAAUUGCUAGUAUUGUUGAAGAGAAUAAUCCUGUCUGUUCCUUGAUCGAUAAACGGAUCCAGUUAUUCAUGAAAAGCUUGCUUGCUCUUCCAAGUUUCCAGAAAUGUAUGCCUGCUGUGCCAGGAGGCCUUUCUGUGAUUCAGACAGAGAUGGAAUUUGUUGGAUCUCAGUAUGCAAGCAUUGUAAACUUUAAUAAACAAGUGUAUGGACCAUUCUAUGCAAACAUACUUAGGAAACUACUUUUUCCUGAGGCACCAAUAGGGAAAACAGGAACAGAAGCACCUACCAAUUGAAAAAUAUAUUUCUGUACCUUUCUUUUACCUUCAGUUUUCAUAAUAGAGACAAGGUGAUCUGACUCCCCAGCUUGAAGAGACCACUCCAGUGACUGUUAAUGAAACAUCUUAUAAAAUGCAGAUAGUUUCUGAAAUCCACUGGAAAGAAAUUAAUUUCAACUACACAUAUAUAUUUUAGACUAAGUCUGUUUAAUGGAUUGCGCCACUUGUAAUAGUGAAAUACUACCUUUCAAGGCAAGCAUUUAUUACGAUUUGCAGUGGGAAAGAGAUGGCAAACUACUUUUUUUCCACCAUUAAACCAUAAUGUUUUUAAAAAAUAUAUUUACAUAUAGCAAUGCAAUUAUGAGAUGACAAAACUGUAGAUAAAAUGUACUAUGCUUACAUUGUAUUUUUUUAGAGCAACAUCUAAUAAAACUACUAUCUUUCUGAGAAGACUUUAAAGGAAAAAAGGUUCAUAUUAGGCCAACUUCUGGUACUCCUGCAAUUACUGGAACUAGAACUUAGCCUAUGUUACAUUAAGGAAUGCCAGUAUUAUAAGCUGUUUUGAGAAUAGCAGUUACAGAAGAACCAUUCACUGUUUUUUAAAUAAGAACAUUCAAUACUUGUCAACUGUAAUGGUGAGUUUAAAGAUAAAACACUUAAGCAUCGUGUUGGCCAUGGGGUUGGGGUAGGGAAGCAAAUGUCUGUAUAUAAUAUUUAUCUAGCGGAGGUCAUACAGAUCUUAAGUCUAACCUCUAAUAUGUGUACAUACUGAUCUUCGAUUUUAAUGGGUAUUAAGUAUUUUUAACUUAGGGCAUUCUGACCUUUAUUCUCAAAAGCACUUAACAUUGAGAGUGAUCUUAGAGUACAGCAGAAUGAUUUCACUUUCUGCUUUCUGUAUUCUGUUGGUUGAGGGCCUAAGUUUUUCAAAAUGUAUUUUGGAUAUUCUUGUGUCUGCAAAGCAGAAACCCAAAUUUUACUAGUCAUUCUUGAAAGUGAUUAGAUUCAUUCUCACUGAGUCUGUGUGAGAAGUACUUUUGGCUUUUGUGCCAAAGUUCAUGCAGAUUACACUCUGAUACUUUGUUCCCACUUAAGACAAGAAUCUUGCAUACAGAAAUUAAGUAAAAAUUGAGAGAUAUAGAAGUAAACUUCUAAGUUUACAAAUUUUAUUUUGCAUAUUUCAGAUUGGUAAUAGAUACUGCUGGAAUACUUAGUAUAGACACGUUCUUGUCUAUGAAAUUGAAUCAUAAUGUACUUGAAAAUGAUCAUUUAAUAUAUUAUAUAAUGGUCCUUUUAAAAAUGUCAUAUAUAUAUAAAAUCAUGUGGUACAAGAUAAAUGGCUUGUUUUUAACAUUUUAUAUUAGUCUAUUUUUAUUGAUACAAAACUUGCCCAUAGAAGUUUCAUGUGCCACACAAAUUGUGUAUAGACAUUUAGUAAUGUAUAUCAUGUCUAUCAUAAAGGUCUAAAAAAAAAAAAGGGCAUUACCAGCACUGUGGUUUUGUAGUCCAUUUUUACAGAAUUGUGUACUUUUUUUAGUAAGGGAAAUGACUUCUAGUCAGUUGUUCCUCAGUGUCCAAGGACCUUGGCCACAGGUACAUGAUAUGAAAAACUUUCUUCAAAAUGCCUUGUUAGAAAAUAAAUUGCUCUACUGCACUUCUGUUCUAUCCCUUGUAAAAACAUCGCACAAAAUGAAGCAGAGUAUGUAUUUUGAAGGGAGCUUUUCCUGAAGCCUGAAAAACCUGAGAAAGGAACUCUUAGAACAUAAUAAUUGUGCCACUAGGUAAAACAGGUUUGUUCAAAUUUAUAUGAAAACUUGAAAUGCAAUUCAAAAUCAGUAAGAGGAGAAUGGUUUUCCAAAGCAAUUACGGAAGAUUAAGUCUUAGUGAUUUGCUGCGUCUUUAGAAAUAAUAUCUUUGGAAGAAACUACUUUAAGCUUCAACCAAAACAGGAUCUUAGGAACAGUGGAAGAACAUGUCUAACGUGACUAUGAACAUUCUAUCAUAAUACAUCACAUGCAUUGUUUAAUUUUGGGGCAUUUUAUAGCAUGGCCUAUGUUUCAAGUGCUUGUUCAAUGUAUCUUAAUUUUUUAUUUAAUGUUUCAAACAUGGACAUUGCAUCUGUUUAAUGUCAUGUUGUGCAUGCUGUUUAUGCUACUGUGGCUGAAAUACACUUGCCUCCACUCUGAAGUUGUCAUUGUGAAACAAGAUGCCAUUCUGUAGCAGCUUACUUCGUUGAAAUGCAAAUAUUUGAAGUUUUGUAUGCAUUAUUUGUGAUACCAUUGUCCUGAAAAGUCAUUUAUGCAAAUUGUUUCUUAAAUGUAAUGGAUUAUUUUAAAUGCUGAAGAUAAAGGACUGCAC